AUGCGGCUGUUGCUGCUACUGUCCUCGCUCGUCUUCAUUACUACUUCAGCUCUUGAGCAACCUGAAGUCUUGGUUUAUACAGUCGCGACCGAGAAAACCGAUGGAUUAAAGAGAUUGCUGGCUUCGGCCGAAACAUUCAACAUCAAUGUGAAUGUUCUGGCUCUAGGAGAAGAAUGGAGAGGAGGUGACACUCGUGUUGAACAGGGAGGAGGACAGAAAAUUCGACUCCUGAGAGAGGCUCUUGAGAAGCACAAGGACAAGAAAGAUACAAUUGUACUUUUCGUGGACGCAUAUGAUGUUGUUUUCACAAGCGAUUUGAACACGAUUCUAUCCCGUUUCUUUGAGCAUUUUGAAGAUAAGAAAGUUUUGUUUGGAGCGGAACCUUUCUGCUGGCCAGAUCAAUCCUUGUCGACUGAGUACCCAUUGGUUGACUUCGGCAAGAGAUAUCUCAACUCUGGACUGUUUAUGGGUUACGUUUCUCAAAUCUAUGAAAUCGUUAGUUUCCAAGAAGUAGCCGACAAUGACGAUGAUCAACUCUACUAUACUCACAUAUAUUUGGAUGAGAAGCUCCGUAGAGACUUAGCCAUAGGAUUAGAUUCCAUGUCACGCAUUUUCCAAAAUUUGAAUGGAGUUGUGGAUGAUGUUGAGUUACAGUUCGAUGAUAACGGAGACGCAUUGGCUUACAAUGCUGCUUAUAAUACUCACCCGGCCAUUAUUCAUGGAAAUGGUCCGAGCAAGAAAUAUCUGAACUACUUAACCAACUAUCUAGCCAAAAGAUGGUCUUCAGCAACCGGUUGUUUCAACUGUGGAGACAAGAGCCGUUUGGAUCUAAGCGAGAAAUCUGAAGAGGAUCUGCCAUUGAUAACGGUCUCCUUUGUCAUAUCAAAGCCUAUUCCGUUCGUAGAAGAAGUGCUGAAAGCUCUCUCCGAAGUGGAAUAUCCGAAAAGCAGAAUAGCUCUUUAUGUAUUCAAUAACCAGAAGUUCAACAUCAAGACUGUUCUAGACUUUGUGUCCGAAUUCGGAAAAGAAUAUCACACUAAGAAGAUUAUCAAUGGGGAUGAAGCGAUAUCAGAGCGUGAUGCCCGGAACGAAGCCUUGGAUUUCGCUGAGCGAGUUUCAUCAGAUUAUCUUGUUUUCCUUGACGCCGAUGUUAUAAUUACCGAUAAGAAAGUUUUUCAUAGUCUGAUAGAAUACUCUGUCAACUACGAUAUCGGAAUAGUUGGCCCAUUCAUAAAUCAACCAGGAAAGUUGUUUUCUAACUUCUGGGGAGCCAUCGCUUCGAAUGGAUAUUAUGCUAGAAGUGAAGACUACAUGGCUAUCGUGCAUAGAAAGAGAAAAGGAUACUUCAACGUGCCAUUCUUAACAUCCUUGUUGUUGUUGAAUAAGGAGAAGAUCUCCGCCAUGAAAGGUGCUUUCUCCUAUUCGUCUCAGAUUGAUGCAGAUAUGUCGUUCUGUAAGUUUGCUCGAGACAAAGGUCACUUUAUGUAUGUGGACAACGAGCAUCUGGUCGGAUUCUUGAUUAUUAAUGAAGAUUUUAUUGAAAAUGUGAAAGAAGGGCGUUAUCAUCCAGAAAUGUAUGAAAUAUUCACAAACCGCGAGCUAUUCGAAAGAAGAUAUCUUCACCCUAAGUAUAAAGAAACUUUGGAGAGUGAAGAGUUCGUUCAACCCUGCCCAGAUGUUUAUGAUAUCCCUUUGAUGUCUGAACGCUAUGCUAAAGAAAUGAUUGAGGAGAUGGAAGCUUAUGGUCAAUGGAGUAAUGGAAAGAAUCAAGAUAAUCGAUUAGCUGGUGGAUACGAGAAUGUGCCAACCCGAGAUAUUCAUAUGAACCAAAUCAAUUAUGAGAGACAUUGGCUAUACUUCCUGGAUGAGUUUGUUCGACCCAUGCAAGAGAAGGUUUUCAUAGGAUACUUCCAUAAGCCUGUGGAAUCUCAUAUGAUGUUUGUUGUUCGAUACAAACCGACAGAGCAAGCUUCAUUGCGUCCUCAUCAUGAUGCCAGCACAUACAGUAUCGACAUUGCUUUGAAUAAACUCGGAAAGGAUUAUGAAGGAGGAGGCGUUAGAUAUGUUCGGUAUAAUUGUACUGUGCCAGCAGAUGAAGUUGGAUACGGUAUGAUGUUCCCUGGACGAUUAACUCAUCUGCAUGAAGGAUUACCCACAACCGAAGGAACUCGAUACAUACUUGUAUCAUUUUUAAAUCCAUAG